AUGUCCUUCUCCAACAGCAGCGGUGGCACACUCGCCCUCCCGUCGCCAACACACGCUCACCAGAUCGACGUCACAUCAGCUGUGCGCACGCUGCGACGGUCUAUCUCACGAUCACCCUCUUCAAAGUUCCUGUCGCGCUCCAACACGCAGAGCCCCGACAGCCCGCACCACACUUCCCCUCAAUCGCCCUGCCGCCGACUCGGCUCAACACCGCAACAUCAACAUCCUCUGUCACCGCACGCUCGCUCAGCACCGCCUCACGCUAACGGCGCCGUCGCGCACCAGGCCAUAUUCACUCCUUUCCGCCCGAGUGUCAGACUAUCACUGCGAUCUGCCAAGGCGGCAAAGACGUCUCCUUCAAGGCCCUUGACACGAGCGCGUGCAUCACCAAAGAGUCCCUUGAAGAGAGCGCUUAACACGGCACCCGAUAGCGGCAACUCACUACCAAUGGUGCCCACACCCUCUGUCAUUGAAUCAUCGGGGCAGGAGAACAACGCGCUUGGAGCCACAAGCCCCAAGAGCUCCGAGAAGCGCCACAGCGUGCACCUCGACGUCUCGGGCUCCUCGCAAUCUCCUUUCAAAUCCUUUGAUACUAACAACGACAACUUCAUGGUUUCAAACAACUGCCCGCUGAAGCGCAGCGAUGCGACCAUGAAUCUGGACCAGCCCAGCCAAGGAAGCCCGGUGGCUAAGCGACGGAGCUUGCAUGGAAUCACAGGACUGGGUCAGAAUGAGGAUCAGAACAUUUUCGGUUCAAACACGACGUCUUCACAGAGCUUUUAUAUCCAUGAAGACUCGGCUGCUGAAUAUGAACUCUCCGCUAAUGGCGGCGCUCCAUCGCGCGAGCCACUACCUUCUCCUACGCCAACAACGACGGUUCCUAAGAGGUCAUCUUCGCUACGGAAAUCAACUCUUCAGCAAAGGUAUGGCGAGCGUGGAUCUUGGGGUAGGCGAUCGGGCGAGAGACAGCUUGCUCAGAUCAGCUCUGAAUUCUCACCAAGCCGGAGCCGACCACGACUUUCUCUGGACCAGUUCGUCCCUCCCGCCGUGCCUCAAGAAAGCCCCUUCAUUUCAACCACGCCUACCUCUAAGCCGCCCACUUUCACUGGCGACAGGACCUUCCAGCCUCACCCCCUCUCCAAGACUCUCACAACAUCCUCUUCUGGCAACUCCCUGACGGAGGAGACGCCCAUCUAUGCUCCGGUUGCACGAAUGCCAGAUCGCCCCAGACCUCACUUGUUUUCUCGCUCUCUGCCUCUUAAUGCGACACGACCGACAAGACCGAGUGACCCUUCGAGGGCGAUGGCGACCCCUAACAAGUCGCAACUGUGGGUUGGCGCUUUCAGCUCUACAGGUCUGAUUUCCAAGGUGAACCGAAACCCGGAAGAGGAGGCGGACAAGAAGAUGGCACCGCCAGACACUCCAUGCAAGAAGCACUCGAACCCCUUCGCCACCUUUCCUCCACCAGCAGGAAGUGCCCUUAAGAAGAGGGGUAACAACCGUAAUUCUUUUGGAGGCAUUCCUUCUACACCUUUUAACCCUAUCGGCGCCGCAGCUCCCAACAGCUUUGGUAACCCUGGAAAGGGCUUGGCCAUCUUCCAGCGUGGUAAUGCCUCCCGAAGCUCACGCCGCAGCAGCAUCCUUAGCUUGGAUGGCGAGGAGCACAAGCUCUUUGGUGAAACCAUUGACUUUUCAAACCCCAUGGAGGGUGAUGCUCCUCCCACUCCCACAAAGAACAAUCUUACUCCCAGCCUGAGCAAGGUUAGCGAGAAGUCGUUCGAGUGCCCCAGUGCCAACCAAAGCCCAAGUGCAAACCGGACUCUUCACGCCCCCACUCCCAUUGUCGGUUCGACAAUACCUCGAGAAGCAACUUGUAAGUCGGUCCUCACGAAGCCGAACGCCGGGGAUGGCAUGGUCGACAUUUCAGAUCGGCUUGUCACCCUCAAGCGUCGGCAUUCGCCUUCACCUCCUUAUUCUUCACUCAGCCGCUCAAGGGCCCAGCGUGGGCUUCACUCCCCUUCCUCUCUAAGCACAUCUCUCAUGUCUCAACCAUUGAUUUCUCGUGAAGCAUUUACUAAGACAAACCUCUCUGAUCCAGCGAGCCCUCUUGAUGGACGCCGUACACCACAGACUCCUCAGGAGAGCCUUCUCCCUCUCGAUACCAGCCGACUUUCGAUCUCUCAGACCAGCGAGAGCUACUCCGACAUGCCGCCUCCCGUCACACCUACAGCAGGCCGGGACCUUCGAUCCUCCACCAGCCUUCUUGUAACACCAGUCAACGCCCGCACGAGCAACCUUGAUGUUGAUGCAAGCUUGAAUUCCCGAUUCGACAAGGUUGAACAGAUCGGCAAGGGCGAGUUUUCCACAGUCUACCGGGUGACCAAGGCGGAUCCCCGACAAAUGAACUUUGAGGGUCUUUCUACGACGCCAUGCUCCCGAAACCGUAGCCCCGCAAAGGGUCAGGUCUAUGCUGUGAAGAAGAGCAAGCACCCCUACCAUGGACCUCGAGAGCGGGAGAUUAAGGUUCGGGAGGCACGUAUCCUGCAGGCUCUGUCUCAUGCCGAGCAUGUGGUCAAGUACUAUGAUGACUGGGAGCACAACUUUCACCUGUACAUCCAGACAGAGUUCUGCGAGGAGGGCACACUUGACAAGUUUCUGGGCAACGUUGGGCAAGGUGGCCGAUUGGAUGAUUUCCGCAUCUACAAGAUCCUGCAGGACCUUUGCUUGGGUCUGAAGGAGAUUCACGAUGCGGGGUUCAUGCACCACGAUUUGAAGCCAGCCAACAUUCUCAUCACAUUUGAGGGUGUUCUCAAGAUUGGCGACUUUGGACUUGCCCAGGCUUGCACAUCCACUGAGGGUGUCGACGUAGAGGGUGAUCGCGAGUACAUGGCUCCAGAGAUGCUCAAGGGCAAGGCACGUCAAGCUGCCGAUGUCUUCUCGCUUGGACUCAUCAUCCUCGAAACGGCAGCUAAUGUCGUGCUCCCGGACAACGGUCCCACGUGGAUUGCCCUGCGGUCGGGUGACCUCUCCGAGGUGCCGAGUCUCACAUGGACACCAUCUAUCGAGGUCCAACGAGACGCCACAGGAAACCCUACCGAGUCGGCUCACAGCGAUGAUUUCACCAGCGGAAAGACGCACGAUCCUAGCAACCUGUUUGGCUCGUUUAAGCGAUCGGAACUGCAGCAGCCCCCUGAAUUCAUGGUUAAUGCCAUGCACACCAGCUCUCUCGAUUCGAUUGUCCGGAUGAUGACGGCACAGGAGCCCGAUGAGCGACCUACGGUGCACCAGGUGCUCGAACUUGAGGGACUGCGGUGGGUUAGCGAACAUCGGGCCGCUCCGGCGACGGUAUACGAGGGAAACUGGGGACCAGCCGAACUGUUCCCCGUGUCCAUCGCGGGUGAUAGCGACACUGAGAUGACGGAUGUUUGA